AUGUUGAAGACUGCACUUGGUCUUUGCGGCCUCCUCAUAUGCGCAGUCGCACAGACCGAUUCAGUCAAGGUUAAAUGGCUUGAGGGAACUCCCGACUACCUUGGUGGCGUCACUUUUGGUCUGCCAUGGCCCCGUGGCCAGCACUUGGCCAAUGCCACAACCUUCACAGCUUCAGACGAUGCGCAGCUGCAGUCUUGGGUUACCGCAUACUGGCCAGAUGGCUCACUCAAAUGGACUGGACAUGCUCUAGGUGCCACAGAUUCCCCUGCUGACGAGUACACUAUCACCGCAUCUGGUCCAGGGAAUGCUACCUUCCCCAGUCUAAGACGCCAGAGCAGCAACAGCACCAGCGGCGUGCAAGUUAGCGAGUCUGGAGAUGAUAUUGUUGUCAACACCGGUAACGUCACGGCUACGUUUCCCAAAUCUGGGGACGUAUUGGUUUCUUCUAUCGAAUCCGGCGGCAAGGUCGUCGGCAACAACGGCCGAUUGAUUUUGAGGUCGCAAAGUGGCACGCCCGACGACGACGAGGAUGGCAAGCCAACCGGCAUCGACUACUUCAGCUUCGCCAGCAAGAUCCAUAACACUACUGUAUCGGAAGAAAAUUCUGCACGUGCUUUGGUGACCGUUCAGGGUAUCCACACCGUCGACGGAGAGUCAUCGCACGCAGAUUGGCUUCCAUUCACAGUACGAUUCUAUCUUUAUGCCAACUCGGAAGCCAUUCGUAUCAUUCACACCAUCAUCUACGAUGGCGAAGCUAAGAGCGACUUCAUCUCGGGCCUUGGUGUACGCUUCGAUGUGCCACUUGCUGAGGAGGAACACUACAACCGCCACGUUCGCAUUGCCGGUGUUGACGGAGGGUUGUUACAUGAGGCUAUCCAAGGCAUAACUGGUCUACGUCGUGAUCCUGGUGCUGCUGUCAGGUCAGCUCAGUUCAGCGGCACUGAGACAGCCGACAAGGCCACUUGGGACCAGAGGGUCACAUCCCGUCUGCAAUGGAUCCCCACCUGGAGCGACUACAGGCUUACUCAGCUUUCGCCUGAUGGAUUCAACCUUAAGAAGCGUACCAAGGCUGGACAAAGUUGGGUUACUAUCCCUGGAGGUACUCGCUCUGGCGGACUCGCCUACCUUGGGGGUUCUUCUGUUGGCGGUCUUGCUCUCGGCCUCCGUGACUUCUGGAAGAAAUAUCCUACUAGUCUGGAUAUCUCUAAUGCUGCCACUGAUACUGGAUCGGUCACACUGUGGCUGUACAGCCCUCAAGCUGAGCCUCUGGACGUCAGACCUUACCAUGACGGUCUUGGUCAGGAUACGUACGCCAAACAGGUGGAUGCUCUUGAGAUUACAUACGAAGACUACGAAGGUGGCUACAACACACCCUACGGUGUAGGACGCACGAACGAGCUCUUCCUGUAUGCGUUUGCUAGUACCCCAUCAGCUGACCACCUCUCAACGCUCACAAAUCACACCAACAACCCUCCUGUUUUGAUCCCCGAGCCUGCACACCUUCGCGACACAAAAGCCAUCGGUGGGUACUGGGACGUCCCAGGGUCGCCAAAAGACUCCGCGCAAGCUCAGACAGUCGAAAGCCACAUGGAGUUCUUGAUUAAAUUCUACGAAAAUCAGGUCGAGCAGCGCCGAUGGUACGGAUUCUGGGACCAUGGUGACAUUAUUCAUACCUACGACGAUGAUCGUCACCAAUGGCGUUACGACAUCGGUGGCUACGCUUGGGACAACUCGGAGCUUUCGCCCGACCUGUUUUUCUGGGGCCACUUCCUGCGUACCGGUGACGCCGGCGCAUACCGUCUUGCCCACGACCAAGCUAGGCACGGUGGUGAGGUGGACUCGUACCAUCUUGGAAAUUUCACGGGUCUUGGUACGAGGCACGGUGUUCAGCACUGGGCCGAUAGUGCUAAGCAGGCUCGUAUCUCUACACCUGUAUACAGGAAGACCUUCUUCUACAUCUCUGGCGGUGAUGAGCGCACUGGCGAUCUUGUCCGUGAGGUCCAGCAGGUGGAGAAGGCAUUCGUGCUCGUCGAUGCUCGCCGUAAGGUCCGCGCUGCAAAUGUCGUCUACAAACCUGAUCCUGAGGCACUCUACCUCAACUUCGGUACAGACUGGGCGGGUCUUGCGCAAGCCUACCUGAUUGAGUGGGAACGCCGCGGUCCAAACUGGGAGCAGGCUCGUGACAAGCUUAUCGAAGCCUUGAAGACAUAUCCCCAGCUGAAGAACGGCUUUGUCACCGGCGAAGCUCUGUACAACUCUUACACGGGCGCCUGGGCGCCGCCACCCACGGACCCCAGUAACGCUGGCAACAUCACCGUCUCUCACUUGUCUGGCGUUUUCGGUGUUCUUGAAACCAUCGACCAGCUGAUCGAGCACUUCGGUCCUGAAGCUAGGAACACCACUCAACCUUUCCUCGACGCCUUCCUUGACUACUGCUACUACUACGGUGCUCCAAAGGCCGAGCAGGCAGCUAGGUAUGGCAAAGAUUUUGGCAACUUGAACCUUAAGCAGGGCCACUCCCGCUUCACUGCCUACGUCGCCAACAAGCGCAACAAUGCCACUCUCGUGCCGCGCGUGUGGUCUGAAUACCUCGGCGAUGGUAGCAAGGAUGGUCUUGCGCCUAAUGCACCCUGGAAAACGGAGCGCUUUGACGGCAGCGAUGUUUUGAUUCCGGUUGAUGAGGCCAAGUGGAUCAGCACGAACGCUGCUGCUCUCUACGGUGUCGCAGGUAUUGAGAACCUGGCCUUGGUGGGAGCACCCGACGUUUCUUCCAUCGGCGGAAACUCUACUGCUAGACUGAGACUUUGA